AUGGCACAGGCUAAUUCACCAUCCAUAUUCGCCGUCAUCAGACAGUUGCAUCUUUGGAUCUCAGACGCACGGUUUGCGCUGUCCGAUGAUCCGGUUCCCGCGUCUCUCUGGGAAGAUGAAAUAGGGCGGAUGCGAGUGUGGGCUGCCGACGUUGGAGCCGAUGAAUGCGGUUCGUUGUCCCUGGACUACAGACUGCGCGAUUCAUCUCACCUCAGGGAUCAGAUCUCCCGCCUUCUAGAACAGCUUCAAAGGAACUGUAAAGAUUUGCUGGUCAUUGCAGAUCCCGGUUCAGAUGGCAGGAAGCCUCUGAAUCCUGAUAUGAACGAAGAGCUUCAGCCAGGCCUUCAGACAGAGCUCCAAUCAUUAUAUCACUCAGUGCAUAAUGCAGUGGACUGCCUCUUCCGAAUUUCAGUGGCAAUUCGCCAACCUUCCAAGCAUGAUUAUGUUUUAGGGAUCAAGGAGUAUGAUAUAAUCCAGUUUGAGCCCCUCGGUCAACGGCUCGUUCGCUCUAGUUAUCGUCGGGCAGAUAAAUGGAUCGUCGAUCGGCUUAGCAGAACGGUAUCACUGCGCCUGGCAAUUCUGCAGUAUAGAAGCAGAUGUCAAAUAGAACUCGCUGGAGGAUUGGACAGUGUCAUGUAUGGCAAGCCUGCCACACCGAGGCUUGUUAACCGGGGCAGCUUACAGCUUGGGGAACAGGAGGAUUGCAAGAAUUCCAGUUGCUCGCGUGCAGCGAUUCUUGAGGAAGAAGGUGAUGAAGCAUUUGUUUAUUUUCCCAGCCAAUCAGUGAAGGAAGCGAUUAGUUGCAGUGAGCAGUCUUGGGCCCAGCACGUCCUCAACGACAUCAUGCCAUAUGUCUGUGUCUUCCCAGACUGUCCAUCGCCUCUUCGUUUGUAUGAAUCACGGCAAGAAUGGUUCGCACACUGCCAACUUCAUCUUAAGGGGUUGGGCACUAUUGGGGUACUAGAAGAGUGUCAGCCAGAAUGUCAACCAGAGUGCCAACCAGAGUGCCAACCAGAGUGCCAACCAGAGUGCCAACCAGAGUGCCAACCAGAGUGCCAACCAGAGUGCCAACCAGAGUGCCAACCAGAGUGCCCAACGAAGUGUCCCUUAUGCACACUGAGCACGACAUCCGACACAAGCUGCUGGGAGAGUCAUGUUGCCAAACAUCUUGAGAAACUGGCACUACUUGCAUUGCGUCCGCAUCUGCUGGUGGACAAUCCAGAAGAGAUGCCUAUAGACUACGAAUACAAUCCUGCUUGUCGCGCCUAUGGGAACGUACCAGGACGGUUCUGGAGACAACCAAGGAGAGAUGAUUAUUAUGAAAAGCGGAACGGAGUAUCAGGCCCCAGCACUUGGGAGGAAACGUCUUGUGGCAACGACGCAGCAGCGGAAUCUCAAUCCUGGAGAUUUAUUGGUGGAAUCAAUCCAAAUUCAGAGGAUAGAAUGUACCUCCCUACUUUGACACGUACCACCCCAUACAAUAAACAGGCGGCCGCAACACGAGGGAGAGAUUUAAGGACGUAUGUUUGUCCAAAGAAUCCGAUCACUCUUGGCACGAUUUUGACCUCGACGAAUCAUGGGGAUACGACGGACAAGGCUUCGAAUGUGCCGACUUCAUCUUCCUUCCUUCCAUCCUCCUCAAUCAUCCUUGUUAUAAACCUGUGGUUAGUUCAACAUUUCAACAGUUUGAGCAACAAUUGA